AUGAGUUAAAGCAGUGAAAAUAAUUCCUCUUAUCUAUUUACUUCUGUUUCUAAUAAAUCUAUAAAGAAGAGAAGUAAAAAAUAAUUUAGCAAACAGAGAACUCAUAAAAUUUUAUGCUAAACAAUUCCUAUUUGGAAAAAUCUAAGUACUGUAGGAAAUAUAAUUUAUUUUGGAGGAUAUUUAAUAGAUUUAGACUAUUUAAAAGAUGAUUCAUUAUUUACACUGACAGAGAGAGCUCGGGCUAUUAAGGAUAGGGACGGAAUUUAACAAAUAGUAGUUCAUAAGCAAAAUAGAACACUUUAAAUUUAUUCUAGAUCAGAUAUAAAUCAGCUAGAUGAUUUUAAAUAAAAAAAAGACACUCAAAAUGUUUAAUAUGUUGUUGAUUUACUCAAAUCUAAGAAUGAUCAAAAUUUAUAUUAGCUUUCUUAGCUAAUUCUACUUUUUCAUAACAAACUUAAAGAGCAUUAUAAUCACGAAGUAUUUAACUAUGAAGUUAAUAAAAAAAUGAUUGAUCCUGAGACAAAUUAUCGAAGCUAUUAAUAAAAAAGGUAGGAGUUUAUUGAUUUUAUAAACGAAAAAUUGUGUCAAGAGAAAGAGUCAUUCUAUUCUUAUUCAGUUUUAGGCAAAAAUCCUGAGAGUUUCGAAUACUAAGGAGCUUUUUUUGGUAUUAGCGAGGGAUUACUAGCACUACUAGGAACUAGCUUAGAGAGUGCUCCUUAGAUUUAUUUAAGAUUGGGUAUCGUUGAUUUUAUGAACAGAAAAUCGAGAUUUGAUUCGCUUUUAGCAAGCAUGAAAACAUUUAUAGAAAGGAAAGUUUAAAAUUCAUUUUAGAUAAAUAUUUAGACUUAUGAUUUUAUCAGUAUACCUGCUACUAAAAUAACAACAAGAAUAUGCUAAGAUGAAAACUGUCCUUAUGAAUUCUAAGCAUUUAUUCAAACUUAUGAAAUAGAAAGCUCUCAUCUUUUAAGAGUUAUUGAAGAAAGAAAAGAAAUUUUACAUAACCCACUAGCUAAUAUAAAUAAUCUUGAUGAUUAUGAUUUUAUAUAUGAGCUUCAGAAAGAAAUCUUUUUAGAAAAAUUUUAUAAAAAUUAGAAAUAAAUUGAAGUUUCUGAUUAUCGAUGA